AUUCCGUCAGUAGUCGAGAUAACUAAGAUACAUGAGUUGGAUGCGUAUGAAAUCAUUUGCGUACAACUCAACAGUUUCUGAGAUAAUUGAGAUACCAAUUAUUGGGAUCCCUAUCAUAUAUCAAUUAUUGGGAUCCCUAUCGUGACUGUAACAACAAAUAUUGACAGGUUUUUGUCCUUUUUAGUGUUUAUUGCGUGACUAUUAUGCCUGUCUCCUAUUGGUCCAUUUCGCGUGCGAGGUUUGUGUACGGGAGUUGUUUUGUGUAUACAUGUGACCUGUAACUAGAUGGACCUUGAAGGCAAUUGAGCUUCGCUUGGUUUGGGAAGAGAAACUAGUAUGGCUGUGUGGAAGGCGUUUAGCUUCUCUUGGUGGCUUGUUGUGCUUGUACUGUUAAUCAAUACAAGCCUAAUAGUCAAUGGUGCUAGUGCGUUUAGCAGAAAGGACUUCCCUCCUGGCUUUGUUUUUGGUUCUGGAACUUCUGCUUAUCAGGUUGAAGGAGCAGUGAAUGAGGAUGGUAGGACUCCAAGCAUUUGGGAUACCUUCACUCAUUCUGGGAAUAUGGGUAGGGAGACUGGAGACGUAGCAUGUGAUGAGUACCACAAGUACAAGGAAGAUGUCCAACUCAUGGUUAAGACUGGCUUAGAAGCCUAUAGAUUUUCCAUAUCAUGGUCAAGACUUAUUCCAGGUGGUAGAGGACCUGUCAAUCCAAAGGGCUUACAAUACUACGACAACCUCAUCAAUGAACUUGUUAGUCAUGGAAUCCAACCUCAUGUUACAUUACACCACUAUGAUCUCCCACAGACACUUGAAGAUGAGUAUGGAGGAUGGCUAAAUCAAAAGAUUAUCAAGGACUUCACAGCUUAUGCAGACAUGUGCUUCAGAGCUUUUGGCGACAGGGUUUCUUAUUGGACCACCUUAAAUGAACCCAAUAUCUUUGCUUUGGGAAGUUAUGGCCAAGGUAUCACUCCACCUGGAAGAUGUUCAGCUCCAUUUGGAGUUAACUGCAUCAAAGGCAACUCCUCAACUGAGCCAUACUUGGCACUUCAUCAUAUGCUGUUAGCACAUGCAUCAGCUGCAAGAUUGUACAGAAAGAAGUAUCAGGGGAAGCAACAUGGAUUUAUAGGACUCUCCCUCUAUUUGUUCGGGGUCAUCCCUUUAACGAACUCAAGGGAGGAUAUAAUUGCGACUGGAAGAGCUAAAGACUUCUAUAUUGGUUGGGUUGCAAAUCCCCUUUUCUUUGGGGACUACCCCGACAUAAUGAAGAAAAAUGUAGGCUCGAGACUUCCAGCCUUCACUGACUAUGAAUCUGAACUGGUUAAAGAUUCAUUUGACUUCAUAGGACUGAUACAUUACUGCAAUAUCUAUGUCCAAGACAACUCCUUCAGUUUGACACUGGAUUAUAGAGAUUUUAUGGCAGACAUGGCGACUAACAUUAUCAGUGAUAUAUUGACAGAUGAGUACCCUAUAGAACCCUGGGGUUUGCAGGGAGCGUUAGAGUAUAUUAAGCAAGUUUAUGGCAACCCUCCUAUAUAUAUUUACGAAAAUGGUCAGAGCGCUCCCCGCAAUUCUUCAUUGGAGGAUACUUCAAGGAUAAAAUAUCUGCAUGCAUACAUUGGGGCUGUGCUAGAUGCAGUGAGGAACGGAUCAGAUGUAAGAGGGUACUUCACAUGGUCCUUUCUGGAUGUUUUCGAGUUAUUGGACGGCUACAAAUCUGGUUUUGGCCUAUUUUACGUUGACCUCGACGACCCAGACUUGAAAAGAUACCCAAAGCUCUCUGCAUACUGGUACUCCAAUUUUCUGAAGGGAGGAAGCAUUACUUCAUAUACAAUUAUUGAUGAAAAAAACCUAUCUACCCUUACUACUGGCCACUCUGUUCUGUGAGUGUAGACGUCUUUAGAGACUAAUACUAUUGUUCUUUGUAGUCUUCAUAUGUCAGCUUCAUAGAGGACUACAAUGGGAGAUUAUAAUCCAUAAAUAAAUUGACCAGAGAAGUUUCGUGCUUCACAAAA